AUGCCAUCCAUGGGCUCGGAUAUCGAUCCUUUCAAGGUCGCAGCGGGCUUAGCUGUUGCCGUCGGAGUCGCCGCGAUCGGCGGCGUCGCUGCAGCGGUGACGGUUGGAGGCAUCAUCGUUCUCCGGGAACAGGGUCAGUUCAUGUUGCCAUGGGAGGACAAGCCCAAGUCUAUCAGGCCAGCGCCGCUGACGGUGCAGCAGUGGAGGGACUGCUUUGACGACGCCACCGGUCGCUUGAAGGGCGGCGGCGAGACGGCUAUCGGCCGUGUCCGGCUUGGGGGAUGCGACGCAGAGAUCAGAGCCGAGGUCUGGCCGUUCCUCCUUGGCCUUCCUGACACUGCUUCGCCCUCCUCUGAACUUAUUCACAUCCUCCCCUUCUCUCCUCGUUCACGUAUUCGCCCCCUCGCGUGUUUUUUUUUUAACGUAGCGCUCCUCUCCGGGCUGUCGCUAAACCCUUCCGCUAUGUCCUUCAGGUACGAGGCGGAGAGCACGGAGGCGGAGAGGGCGCAGCUGCGCGCGCAGAGGCGCGUGCUGUACGAGGAGAUCCGCGCGAUUGCGGCGCGCGUGGCGGUGAUUGCGCGGCAGGCGGAAGAGGAGGCGACGAGGAGGAUGAAGGAGGAGGAGGAGAGGGAGGAAAGGGAGGAGCGAGAGAGGGAAGAGAGAGAGAGGAAGGAAAGAGAGGAGAGGGAGAGGGAGGAAAGGGAGAGGGAGGAGAGAGAGGAAAGGGAGGGGGAGGAGUCGGAGAGAGGAAGGAGCAACGAAGGCGGCAGCAGUCAGGAGGCGGUCAGGUCCAGCAUCAGAGGGGAUAAUGGCGGCGAUGGUGAUGGAAGUGGGAGUGGAAAUGAGGACGGUAAUGGUAGCAAUGGUGGCGAAAACAGCGGUGUUGGUAACGCGAGCGAUGACGAGUUCAGUGAUGCGGUGUGCGUGGAUUCCGCGUGCGCCAGUCUGUCCGUCUCCACUGAGUCUUUCGUGGAUGUCGCACGUGAGGAGGCUGCCCAUGCUGCUGCUGCUGCUGACGCUGACGCUGAUGCUGCUGGUGGUUCUGGUUCUGGCAAAGUUACAAGCAGAGACACGAGCAGGGAUACAAGCAGGGAUACAAGCAGGGUGAGCGGCAGUAGGAGGAAGAAGGCAUGGCAGGAGUGCCGGCCGCGGCCGGAUUUCCUGCUCUUUGUGGUGGCGGCCAUUCUGGUGAGCCGCAGGGAGCAGGUGCUGUGCUGCGAGGGGCUGGACGAGGUGCUUCUGCUCUGCAACAGCCUGUCGGGGCAGCUAGACGUGUGGGAGCUCAUGCACUGCGCUCGCCAACUGGCAGCUCGCCUGCCGUAA